AGCCGCAUGCCGCAUUUUAUACGAAUAAGAUAAGAUUGGAACUGUAGUUGGUAGGAAUCAAGGAUUGCUCGAUCCGAAAUUAUCAAACAAUGAACCAAUCCACCGAAGCAAAGUACAAAAAAGAUUCCAAUUUCUACAUUUAAAACGCAACACAAUUGAAGUCCACCGAGUUCCCAAUAAACUAGAAAAGGAUGCUUGUGAAAGAUUGGAACGGACAAACGAAACCCCGACAUUUCCGUUCCUGUUUCUCUGCUCUAAACUUGCAAGGCAACAACAUCUGAUCCUUCCUUUUCUGUCUUUCCGGAUCCUCUCUCUUCUUCUUUGAGCCAGUCGCAAUGAGUUUUCUGCUGCUGCUGCAUGGCCUUUGUGGCUGAUCUGGCAUAAAUGGAAGAAUUUUGUGGAUCAAUUCUUUGUGUAUAUCAGAUCUUUGCUGGGGAUUAACCACACAAUCUUCGAUGGGAAACCGAAAACUGUCUCACCAUCCAACUAUAUGCUAUAGGCCUAUACGACCCUCUGACCUUGAGAUUUUACAGCGAAUCCAUGGUGAUUUGUUUCCCAUCAGGUAUGAGUUUGAUUUCUUCCAAAAUGUUGUUAAUGGACGUGAAAUUGUAUCGUGGGCUGCUGUUGACCGUAGUCGGCCAAAUGGUCAGAGUGAUGAUCUUGUUGGAUUUGUAACUGCUCGAAUUGUUCUUGCAAGAGAAAGUGAGAUAGUGGAUAUGCUCAGAUACGACUCAUCGAAAUCAGAUCAAACUUUAGUCUACAUUCUGACACUGGGAGUGGUAGAAUCCUAUAGACAUUGUGGCAUAGCGUCUUCAUUAAUUCGGAAGGUCAUAAAAUAUGCCUCAAGUAUCCCAACUUGCCGUGCAGUGUACUUGCACGUCAUUUCUUACAAUAAUCCUGCAAUACAUUUGUAUGAGAAAAUGUCAUUCAAGUGUUUAAGGAGGUUGCAAGGUUUCUACUUGAUCAACAGUCAGCAUUAUGACUCAUACUUGUUUGUGUACUAUGUAAAUGGUGGUUCUUCUCCUUGCUCACCACUAGAGCUUGUUACGAUCAUGGUAGGUUACAUUAGGACUGGUUUUAAGACAGUAGCUGCAAAGAUAUGCAAGAAUGAAGAAGAUGGGAAGGUCCCAAAACGGCCGAAAUGUAAAGAAACCAUUUCUCUUGUAUCGACAACCCAAAACAAUAGAAGUUUGACAGCUGAAUGUUCUGGUCAUGAGUGUGUUUGAUCUGUUUACUCCCAUAAAAUGAUGUAUACCUUUACUUAUUCUGAAAGCCAUGAAAUAGUCCCGGAACUUUUUAUACUGAAAAAAACUCAUGAAAUGUUUCAGUCUCA